UAUCGGGCAUCGAUCUGGGAGCGUGCGGAAUCCGGGGCGUCUAUGGCUUAUCUGGCCAAUUUAUGAUCCCAUCGAAGGUAGGAACACCUGUUCACGGGACCGCGAAACCGGUGCGGCCAAUCUGGGUUUGCUGAUGCCUGUCUGCUAUAAAAGCCAAUCGAUUGCUGCCGAUGAUUUCAUUCCCGCAAUCGUAUCGCAGUUCAGCAAGCUACUAAUUGUUCCGAUGGCUCCGUUGACGGUUGUGCUCGUGUUGGUUGGAGUUCUGGCCGUAACGGUGAGCGGUGCCGGCGUGGCUACUCGUGCCUGUUCCGAUGGACGACCACGCCCGACGGAGGUCCGCGUGGAAGGUUGUACCGUGCCACCGUGUGAUCUAGUGCGUGGUUCGGAUGCCGUCAUGGAUAUGGACUUUACGGCACCGUUUGCUGCGGCCAGUCUUCGCACGGAAGUCAUAGCGACGGCCUUGGGAGCGACUGCACCGUUCGAGCUACCGCCGGAUCGUGCGGCCGCCUGCAACUGGCUCCAGAAUACCCACUGCCCAGUGAGCGCUCAUGAGGACAUUACCUACCGGUUGAGCAUGCCCGUUCUGCUGGUUUAUCCGCGUGUCAGUCUCACGCUUGAGAUCAACCUGGUCGACGAAAACCGCCAAUCGUUGGCCUGCUUCGUGCUGGAUGCUCGUGUGGUUUCCGGCCGUGCGGUAUAA